UGUAAAUGGUUCUUUUUCCACACAAAACACGGGAAAAAAAAAAGAAAAAAGUAGCCUUCGUUGAGAAGGGUUUAAGGAAGAGCGAAAGAGAAAGCCAAUAGCUUAAAAGGAUGGCGUCGUCGAAAGGUGGUGGAGGAGGGAGUAGCCCGAUGAUUAGAGUAGCGGAGAUGGAAAGAAUGAGUAUAGAGCAACUCAAAGCAUUCAAAGAGCAGACAGAUCUUGAAGUCAAUUUGUUGCAAGACAGUCUCAACAAUAUUCGCACUGCCACUGGCCGCCUCGAGAAUGCUUCUUCUGCUCUCCACGAUCUCUCUCUUCGCCCUCAAGGGAAGAAAAUGUUGGUGCCUCUUACUGCAUCCCUUUAUGUACCUGGAACGCUUGAUGAUGCAGAUAAAGUACUUGUUGAUAUUGGCACUGGCUACUUUGUUGAGAAAACCAUGGCCGAAGGUAAAGAUUAUUGUGAGCGCAAAAUCAACUUGCUAAAAUCUAAUUUCGAUCAACUGAUUGAG